UACUUCUUAGUUAUGGAGCUAAGAUCAGAGUACGAGCUAAUUAUUGACACAAGAACAUUUUACAGCAAUCAACAGCAUGUUUAGAGUUGUGCGUGUUUGUCCUCAGGAAUAGCUCGGUAGGAUUAUCGUGUUGGUUCUCUCUUUUAAAAGGUCUUGUUUUUUAAUUUGGUGGUAUGAUCGUCUUUGGAUCUUCAGGUGAAAAUAAUUUACCAGAAAACCUCUCAAAGUGCGGUAAAAACAAGUGUGUGUGGAUAUGAGUCAACCUUUGUAUGUGUGGACAUUAUGUGGUAGGGAGGGGCUGAGUGGGAGCACAAAUACACUGAGGGAGAGAUAGGGAAGUCUGGUCAGGCAGGUUGUCAGAUGGAUAAUGCAGCACCUCGAAGCUUCAGAUGUUACUCUCUCCUGGCUGGGAUCAUUCUCUUCCAUCCUCCACGAUAAUGGGUCUCUUGUCUUUUUUAAGAGGAUGUAUGAAAUUUAACAGAGUAAUAGGUCUGACUGACAACAGCUACUUCCUUCAAGUAGAUUUUUUGAAACAAGAUAGACUCCUUAAGUAUGCUGAACCAUCCUUCUUCUCCCACACAGUUUUUACUCUCCCUCCUGUUGCUGGUGUGUAGUUGGAACACAGCCGCCUGUUGUCUUGGGGAGGGCAGGAAGAUUUGGCAGCAGCCCAAGCCGGACCCCAUCAUCAAAGGCCAAUCUUUCCUCCAAGACACCUUCCCUUCAGGAUUCCUUUGGGGUUCGGGGACGUCUGCCUUCCAGACAGAGGGAGCCUGGGAUCAGGAGGGGAAAGGCCCAUCCAUCUGGGACUAUUUCACCAACUCCACUGUCAAUGGUAAUUUGGUAAAAGAGACUGCCAAUGUGGCUAGCGACAGUUACACUCGCUGGGAAGAAGAUGUGGAUGCACUGGAGUAUAUAGGUGCAAGAUCAUAUUCUUUCUCUCUCUCCUGGCCCAGACUCUUUCCUGAUGGGAAUGCCAGAAGUCAGCCCAAUACAGCUGCUGUGCAACAUUACAGUCGACUCAUAGAGAGGCUUCUGGAAAAGGAAAUUGAGCCCAUCGUCACCCUCCACCACUGGGACCUGCCACAAGUCCUGCAGGAGCGCUAUGGAGGUUGGAAAAAUGACACACUGGUGGGACUGUUUGAGGAGUAUGCUGCCUUUUGUUUCCACACAUUUGGCAACCGUGUUAGGUACUGGCUCACAAUGAAUAAUCCAUACCUGGUGGCUGUGCAAGGAUAUGGGACAGGUGUGCACGCUCCUGGAGAAACAGGGGGUCCUGCUAGCUCUCUCACUGUGGCCCACAACCUGAUCAGGGCACACGCAAAAGCAUGGCACACGUACAACACCAACUACCGUGCAGCUCAGAAGGGUAAAGUAUCCAUUGUUUUGGGCUCUCACUGGGUUGAGCCACAAAGAGGCAAAGCCACAGCUGCUAAUGUUGAGCUUUGCCAGCAGUCAAUAGAGGCAGUCCUUGGCUGGUUUGCCAACCCCAUCUUUGGAGAUGGAGACUAUCCAGUCUCUUUAAAAAACAAGCAUAGGGCCCUAUUGCCCACAUUCUCCCCUGAGGAGAGGCUGUGGGUGCAGACAACAGCUGACUUUUUUGCUCUAUCCUUUGGGCCCAACAACCUCCGUAUGGGCCAGGGCCUGGUCCAGUAUGGGCAGACUGUGACCCCAGACCUGAGGCGCAUUCUGGGCUGGAUAAAGCUGGAGUAUGGGGACCCGAUGGUGCUGGUGACUGAGGGAGGCUGGUUUUCUGAAGCCAGCGUGGGAAAGGAGGACACAGUGGCCAUUUACCAAAUGAAGAAGUUUAUCAACCAGGUCCUGCAAGCGAUCAAGUUUGAUGGUGUGCAGGUGCUUGGCUAUUCCGCCUGGUCACUAGUGGAUGGAUUUGAGUGGAAUUAUGGCUUCACCGUGAGGCGAGGCCUUUUCUACAUUGACUUCAGCCAACCAAACCGAACCAGGACCCCCAAGACCACUGCUCAGUACUACAGACGUGUAGUCACUGACAAUGGUUUCCCCAGUUUUGAAUCCUCAAGAGAGAUCAGAGGCCGUUUUCCCUGCAAAUUUCACUGGGGAAUUGCUGACUCAACUUUACAGGUCCACUUCUACCCUUUUUCACCACAGUUUACUGACCCCCAGUUGUACAGCUGGAACCUGAAUGGAAACGGAUCAUUGCGUCCAGUCCCAGGGGUAAAGAUCCACACCAGACGAGCCCAGUGCACCGACUACUUGGCCAUUCGAAGUCAUCUUCGUCUGUUUGCGUCCACUGGGGCAUCUCACUACCGCUUCGCUCUAAACUGGUCCCUAAUUUUACCCCAGGGAGACCGCUCUAAUGUGAACAUUGAAGCGCUGAGGUACUAUCGCUGUGUCUUGACCGAGCUCAAGAAGCUGGACCUAGAGGCGGUGGUUAUUCUCUACUACCCCACACACAGAGCUUCAAAUCUGGGCCUGCCUGGCUCACUGCAUGCCUCUGGUGGUUGGCUCAACUACAGCACAGUGGAGGCCUUUCAAGAAUAUGCAGCACUGUGUUACAAGCAGCUGGGAUCCUGGGUUCCAUACUGGAUCACCGUCAAUGAGCCAAACAGGCUGGUAGAUUCUUAUUCCAGUGGGAAAGAGAAGCAUCAGGCAGCUCAUAACCUUCUUCUGGCUCACGCAAAAGCCUGGAGGCUGUACGAGAGGGAAAACUCUAGUCAACAGAGAGCACUUGUAUCACUCGCAUUACAUGCUGACUGGGCCAAACCUGCAAACCCCUUCCUGGACUCACAUAAGGCAGCAGCAGAGAGAUUCCUGUUGUUUGAACUAGGUCGCUUCUUAGACCCAUUGCUUGGGACCAGAUAUGAGGAAAAGCAUAGCAAGGGGGACUAUCCACAAGAAAUGAAGGCUUACCUGAAGGAGAGAGCUCGAGUAAUGGGCCUUCCUGAAUCCCCUCUUCCUAGUUUUACUGAGACUGAGAGGGAGGAGCUUAGAGGGACUUUGAGUUUUAUCGCACUGAACCAUUUUACCACCCGCUUGGUCUCUCCAUAUCCCUAUACACAGACCAAUUUUCAGCAGAGACAACCCCCUGAUCAUGGUUGUCUGAUCCUUUCCGAUCCCACUUGGCCCUCCUCUGGUUUGGGGCAGGCUGUUGUACCCUGGGGCCUGCGGAAGAUACUAAACUGGGUGAGCCAGAGAUAUGGAGGGGCUCUGCCUAUCAUUGUCACAGCCAGUGGAGUUGAUGACCCUGCUCCUGUGGAGGACAAACUCAGGCAACACUAUCUCAGGAGUUACCUGCAUGAGGCUUUUAAAGCUCACCAAUUAGAUGGAGUCAACCUGCAGGGCUUCUAUGUGUGGAAACUGCAAGAUCGACAUGCUCCCCAGUAUGGCCUCUUCACCACAACCCAACACCAAUCCAAAGCCAAAGCCUCCAUUGCUGUCUACAAAGAAAUCAUUACUCAUGGUGGUUUCCCUGAGGAUAACACCAUGCAGACCUGCAGGGUAAAUGAGCUGCAUGGACCUUGCCCUGUAUGUGCAUGGAUCUUCGAGAAGAAAGCGAUCUUGGUCUUCGGAGGUUGUAUCCUAUUAUCAGGUGUUAUGUUGGCAGUUAUCUUUUUCAUCAUCAUCAAGAGAAACCAAACAAGAGGCAUAGGGAGGGGGGUGAACAGAAGGAGAAGAAGGGAAGGAGUCCCUGUAUGCUCAUGUCCACCUGUUAAGUGCUAACUGUAGACACAUUGACUCUGUAAUGUGUAGCAGACAAACUGUGUGUGGCUCAUUGACAGAGAAGAGCAAUUAUCUAUGGACCUUUUUCACAGCAGACAUUUUGACUGUUCAUAGUAGGAAAACAGCUGAAAUUGAUAACCUCAUCAAUGACUCAAUUCCAUCAAGUGUCCCAGUUAGCUAUUUCAGUGAGUCAGUAUUUUCAGUACCAAGGCCUCUCCUAAGUGGACUGCAGCCAUCAUUAAUGGUUUUGAACACACCUGUCUGCCAUGAAAAAGGUCUAUAAAGGAGAAGAAAUGCUUUACCUUAUUGCUGACCUAUGACCUCCAUUAUGGAUAAAUGUAGUCAAAGCCAUGAUUCUAGUAAUGUAAUAAAGUCAGUCAGUGAUGAUUAAAUUGUGUAGAUCAGACUAAAAUUCAACUUUCAUAUAUUUUGCAAAUGUACAAUACGUUUAUUUCAAAUUUUAUUGUCGAUUGCACACAGUUUUAAAGUAAUUUCAAGAGGUCAAAUACCUGAAAUGAUGUUUACUGUUUGACACAGACUGCUUGAACCUCCACGGGACAAUGACGCCCCCUAGUGUCACAGACUGCAACGCUGAUGUAACAAUGUGAAGCACAGAUUUGUCUUUUGUUU